AUAAUACCCAACCUAUCCUUUUUUCAGUUUCGUCUUAAUUUCUUCUUUUUCCAAUCUCUAUAAAUGCAUCAUUUCAUUUCGUAGACUCACCAAACUUACCAUUGGAUCUACCUAUCCCUCACCUUCUUCUCUAUUCAUCCCUUUCUCUCUCUAACGAAGAUUUUAGAAGGAUCUAUGGCACGCAAGAAGAUCAGAGAGUAUGAUUCUAAGAGGUUGUUGAAGGAGCAUUUCAAGAGAAUUUCUGGAAAGGAGUUACCAAUUAAGUCUGCACAGGUUAUAGAAACAACCGAUAUCAAUGAUUUAGUAGAGAAGGAACCAUGGCUUUCAUCUUCAAAAUUGGUUGUGAAACCUGAUAUGCUGUUUGGAAAACGUGGCAAAAGUGGUUUGGUUGCUUUAAAUCUGGAUUUGGCUGAAGUUGAUGGUUUUGUAAAAGAGCGUCUUGGAAAAGAGGUUGAGAUGGGUGGAUGCAAAGGACCUAUAACAACUUUCAUUGUUGAACCUUUCAUUCCACAUAAUGAAGAGUUUUACCUUAACAUUGUCUCGGAGAGACUAGGAAACAGUAUAAGCUUUUCUGAAUGUGGAGGAAUUGACAUUGAAGAGAACUGGGAUAAGGUGAAGACUGUGUUUAUUCCAACAGGGGAAUCUCUCGCAUCAGAGAAUAUAUCAGCACUUAUUGCAACCCUCCCCUUGGAGAUCAAGGGAGAACUUGAGGAUUUUCUCAAGGUGGUUUUCAAUAUAUUUCAAGAUCUGGAUUUCACAUUCUUAGAGAUGAACCCUUUCGCCCUGGUGGAUGGAAAGCCUUAUCCUUUGGAUAUGAGAGGAGAACUAGAUGACACUGCUGCUUUCAAGAACUUCAAGAAAUGGGGAGACAUUGAAUUUCCUUUGCCAUUUGGAAGGGUUAUGAGUCCUACAGAGUCUUUCAUUCAUGGAUUAGAUGAAAAGACAAGUGCAUCAUUGAAAUUUACAGUGUUAAACCCAUUGGGUCGAAUUUGGACUAUGGUUGCUGGAGGAGGUGCCAGUGUGAUCUACGCUGAUACGGUAGGAGAUCUUGGUUAUGCUCCAGAGCUUGGAAAUUAUGCUGAAUACAGCGGCGCACCAAAGGAAGAUGAGGUCUUGCAGUAUGCCAGAGUUGUAAUCGAUUGUGCAACUGCAAAUCCUGAUGGCCAAAAGCGAGCUCUUGUGAUCGGAGGAGGAAUUGCUAACUUCACUGAUGUUGCUGCUACAUUCAGUGGCAUAAUUCGAGCUCUCAAGGAGAAGGAACAAAAGCUAAAAGAAGCAAAUAUGCACAUUUAUGUGAGGAGAGGAGGUCCCAACUACCAGAGAGGUCUAGCUAAAAUGAGGGCACUUGGAGAGGAAAUUGGCAUUCCAAUUGAGGUUUAUGGACCUGAAGCUACAAUGACUGGUAUAUGCAAACAGGCAAUCCAGUGCAUCACUGCAAGUGCUUAAUUAUCCAUAUUCUUAUGCCAGUGCUCUGUCUUAAAGUGUAUUCAUGUGUAGUUUGUAGUGAUUAUUGAUUUCAUAAUUGUAUUUCCAUUCUAUCAGAAUUUAGAAACUUGAUAAGAUAGAGCAUUGAUUGUUGAAAGUUUAAUAAUCUAAUAAAGUGGCUAAGAAUGUUUGCAUUGCGUAGAAUUCUUAGAGUAUAGAAUUCUUAUAGUCAUGACUCAGUAAUGUGACAUUUGUAUUUCGUUUAUGUUAAGUCAAGCUGCAAUUUCUUGGUUCUCA